AUGAAUGAUCUUUUUUCAGGAUCGUUCUCUCGUUAUAGAGAGAACGAUCAUGAUCAAGAUUCUCAUGGAAUCGAAAUGGGAGACACCGGUGGUGUCAACUUAGACAAGUUUUUCGAAGAUGUAGAAGCUAUUAAAGACGAGCUGAAAAACCUCGAAAAAAUCUAUGCUCAGCUUCAAAGCUCAAAUGAAAAGAGUAAGACCCUUCACAACGCGAAAGCUGUGAAGGAUCUUAGGUCUAAAAUGGAUGAUGAUGUUUCCUUGGCCUUGAAAAAGGCCAAGUUUAUUAAAGUUCGUUUGGAAGCGUUGGAUAGAUCCAACGCUUCCAAUAGGAGCCUCCCCGGGUGUGGCCCGGGGAGCUCCUCUGAUAGGACGAGGACGUCUGUUGUUAAUGGAUUGAGGAAGAAACUUCAAGAAUCUAUGAAUCAGUUUAAUGAGCUGAGACAAAAGAUGGCGUCGGAAUAUAGAGAAACUGUUCAAAGAAGGUAUUAUACUGUUACUGGAGAAAAUCCUGAUGAAGCAGUUCUUGAUACACUCAUAUCUACAGGUCAAAGUGAGACAUUCUUACAGAAGGCAAUACAAGAACAAGGAAGAGGACAAGUGAUGGACACAAUAAUGGAGAUUCAAGAAAGGCAUGAAGCUGUGAAGGAAAUAGAGAGGAAUUUGAAAGAACUUCAUCAAGUUUUCUUGGACAUGGCUGUUUUAGUGGAAUCUCAAGGUGAACAACUUGAUGAUAUUGAGAGCCAAGUGAAUAGGGCUAAUUCAUUUGUUAGAGGGGGUGCUCAACAAUUACAAGUAGCAAGAAAACACCAAAAGAAUACAAGAAAAUGGACUUGUUUUGCUAUUAUUCUUUUGCUUAUCAUCAUCUUGAUAGUGGUUCUUUCUAUUCAGCCAUGGAAGAAAUGAGAUAUGGUCAAAGGUGUUUGGUUUAGUUGUUGAUGGACCUCCCCCCCCUUUUUUUUUUUUUGAAUAUUCUAUAUUUUAUAGUAUACUAUUCUAUAUUGUGUAUUUUGGGAUAUUAUUUUGAUGUGGGGAGAAGUAAGUUGGAUGGGGGUCCAUGAUGUUAUUCUACAUUGGAUUAUUAUUAUUUUUGUAAUUAUUGAUGUAUUUAGAAUAUAUUCUUUUUGUGUUUGUGACAGUGA